CAUAAGGGAUCGGUUGCGAUUUUUCUGCGUGAAAAGCAGUGUGUGAGAGCCAGUGUCAGGCUCACUCACACCCGUGUUGUGUUGGUAUCGAUGCGUGCGUUCGUGCGUGUAUGCGCCGCUUCUCAUCGCUCAUCACGCCAUCGACUUAUCAUCCGGUGCCCCGCUCUUGACAAUCCGACCAGCUGGUGACGCAUGAAGAAUACCUGGAGAUAACCACAUCUGAGAAUUUUUGUUUGGAUCGUUAUACGUAUACAAUUUAGAUAAAUAGACCACAAUGGAUAUUACAUUGGACGAUAAAUUAAAUGUACUGCAGCAAAUAAGUCAACGAAAGCUUGUGGAGAUAUUAGACGUUAUCCCAGGCACAAAGGAUAUGAUAAUAGAACAGAAAUUGAUGAAAAUACUGGAUAGCUUUGUAGGAAUGACUGUAUUGAAACGAUAUGGAGCGGGCAAGAUUUAUAAAAUGGAGGAAGGAUUGAAGCCGUCAAACAAUCAGCGUAUAUUUCUGGUGUCCAACAACUUAAUCGCAUGUAAAAGGGUUCUGGAUCAAAUACAGUCUGAAAUAUCUCACGUUAGCAAGCCCAAUAUUGAAGUAUAUCAUCAUUUACUGGUCGUGCCUUUUGUUCCACCUGUAUUACAUAGUUUAGUAGAAGAAGAAGGUUUGUCUGGACUGGUUACAUUACGGACGUUAUCUCCGGAAUUUAUAAAAUUGGAUGGAAACGUCUUGUCAUUGGAAAAUCCUAUGUUCAUUGAUCUCUAUUACCACAAAGAUAACAGUCUUCUACGAGCGUUAGCUCAAAACCUAUGGUCGUUGCAACUGAUACUCGGCUCGCCGAGGCUAUCGCUUUUCUUCGGCAAGCACAGCCAGCAAGUGAACACAUUGAUGGAAUCCAUGGAACAAUAUCUCGGUUCAUCUAACUUAGGACAUGAGAUCGGCGCCUUGAUCGUAAUGGACAGAAGUUACGAUCUGACGACGACCUUGCUGACGCCUGUGACGUAUGCAGGCCUGUUGAACGAAGUCGUAGAUGUGAACGUCGGUACAGCGACUUUGGGCAAGUCGCAAACCAAGUUGAACCCGGAUAAGGAUCAAAUCUAUGGAGAAGUGAGGGAUACACCUUGCAGCGACGUUUUUCCGAUUCUGCACGGAAAGGCUAAGUCACUUAAAUCCGAACAGGAAGUGGUGCAGACAAUGAAACUGUCCGAGAUGGAGAGAUACGUAUCGACGAGAUUACAGAAGAGCAGGGACAUGACACAGCAAUUAGCGUUUCAUAUAUCCGCGUGUCAGACUAUCGCUGAUACCUUGGGCUCCGAGUUUCAGGCCUUGCAGACGAUGGAGAAGCUGAUGCUCGAUUGUAGAGAAAAGAAAGAGUGCUUGAGUUACAUCGAGAGAAAUAUAGACGAGCACGCGUUGCGAUGUUUGCGUCUUCUGUGCCUGUUAUCCAUCACCACUGACGGCGUGACACAGAACGAACUUCGGAACAUCCAAAAACUACACCUGCACACCCACGGUUACCAGCAUAUCCCUCUGUUUUACAAAUUGCACACCGUCGGCUUAUUGAAGUACAGAACCGAAAAUCUUCUGCACAAGCUGCCGAACUGGAGCAGCGAGUGGAGUAGCAACGCGCAAAAACUGAAGUUGUUACCUAGUCAUUCCAAACGGUCCAGUCAAAACGGUCGUACCUGUCCCAGUUAUGUGUUCAACAACGCUUACAUACCCGCCAUCGCGCAGAUACUAAACAUCGUGACCAAUCAGGAGAGAGAUCCCCGCAGCUUCGAGGAUCUGGCAAGUUUACCAGGCUGCACGGUGAGCGGUAAACGGGGCGCGUUAUCGCCGAAGAUGAUAGUCGUCUGUGUGGUAGGAGGCAUUACCUGCGCGGAAGUGGCAGCCUGUCGGCUGAUCGAAAAGUCCACGGGGAUUCGUCUUGUUCUCGCGUCCGAUACUAUCAUAACGGGGAACAAACUCAUCCAAAGGAUACAAGACAUAUGAGAGCAAGAACAAUUUUAUUUAUAUAUCAUUACCAAAAUCUAUCCAAACAGACUCGCUUAGUUGCGUAAUGCUUAUGCACAAGAAAAUCGACCAAUAUUAUGUAUGAUAUAAGAAACAGCAUCCUUUAUAUUAUAUAAAUAUUUUAUUGGUUUUCUUAA